AGGAACAAAAGUUUUUUUUGCGGAAGAUUUCUGUGUACAUUUUAGCGUUUUUCGGGCGCAAAAAAUUGUUUAUUGCAUUGCCAUUGUAACAAAUAGGCAUUUGCGUAGCUGAAAUUAAUGCGAAUCGAAUUGUGCUUGGCGUAAACGGUGCACAAAACGCCAAGCGAAUUUACCCCAAAUUCGCAUUCGGGUGAAAUUUCAAUGAACUGAGAAAACAAAGACAGAGACACUCACACACACACUGUAAAAGCAGUGCGAGAAGAAGCAGAGGCAACAGCGCAAUAGCAAGCAAUUAUUUACUUAUAACAAAAACCGAAAUCAUUAUACAUAAACGCAGGCAAAACAUUACAAAAAAAGAAGACCAAUCGUUAGAAAAUAAACGGAAUAUAUUUCAAAUCCAAAUAAAGUUGUACUUUGUGCCGAAGCGAAGCCAAAAUUGUGUAGUUGCCGCAGUGGAAAAGGCAAAAGGAAGGCGCAUAAAAAAACCUUCGGUUUCCUUCUCGUGCGCGACGAAGCAAAGUAAAGUUCACCAAUACAUCGACACAGAUACAGACUGUGCGUGCAUACAAACACACAUAUAUCGUAUACACAUAUAUGUGCAAUAUAUUUAGGGACAACACGGCGCGGAAAAAUACCAACUAACCUAUCCACACUCCGCACAUUUCUCGAGGUCUUCACUUUGCGCAUCAUCAUCAUUCACGUCGUUGUCAAAGGCGUCAGUGGCGGCGUGGGAGUUUGUGCGUGUAUGUGCUAAAGUGUGUGCGUGUGUUCGUGUAUCCUAAAUGUGCCGUUGUGUGAGUGCCAUUUUAUUAGUAACUGUAAUCCUGCCUAAAACAAGUGCAUAAUAAAGCAAACGCCAAACAUCGGCAUCAUUGGUUGAGAGAAAGAGAGAGAGCGAGCUUGGUGUUCAGUGCAAGACCUAUUGCGAGUGCCAGAGAGCGAGAGUGAACGGCUUCAGGACGACAGCGGUAGCGUCGUUAGUAACGCCAACCACAACAUCCUCUCCCAGUCGCUUUGGAAUGUUAAAUGCGGUGAAAACAAAACAUUCAGUGUAUGUUGUUGGUAGCAGCAAUAGUCGGCAAUCAGAUACAGAAACAAUAACAUUAACAGUGGAAGAAGCAGCAGCAUCAUCAUUAUCAUCCAACGUUCAUUUAGAUUAUGGCGAAUUUAAAUUUUCAACAACCUCCGAGGAGCAUAGCAAAUGCGGCAUUAACUGGCCGAACGACAGGCGGAUUUGGUGGUAGCAGCAUGUCCGGCCAUGUAACACCCACGUCGGGCAUGUUCCAAACCGAUUUUGCCAGCUCUUAUCAAGGCGCCGCAAAUUAUGGGCAACAAACGCAACAGCCGCCUCAGUUAUCGCCAAAUCGCAAUGCACAGUUAUCGGUCGGAGGACCGGCGUUGUCGAGUGGAAAUCGAAAUGCGAAUCUGUUUGGCCAGCGAUCGUUCAUGGAGCGUCGAGCUAUGCAGGGUUUGGGCAGCGGUCCUAUGUCGAACAUGGGUAACUUUAUGCAGUCCGGUCGCGGCGGCUAUGGAACGGGCGGUGGAGGUGGUCCGUUAAAUAACUUUCAUGUAUUCGGUGGCGGCAGUGGCGCUGACUCAACACCAGCGUUGCUCGAUCCCACGGAGUUUCCAUCGCUGACAAAUGCGCGCGGUCAGAACGAUCAAACACUGCCCCAAUCGAAUACCCUCCAGCCGCCGGGGAGCAAACCCUACGGUAAUUUCUUUACCUCUUUUGGCAUGGUGAAGCAGCCGACGUCUGAACAAUCAGAGUUCACGAUGUCAAAUGAGGAUUUUCCUGCGUUACCGGGCACUCAGAAUUCUGAUGGCACAACGAACGCGAUAGGCAGCAGCAGCGGUGUGGGUGGAUCUGCUAGCGGUGGCGGCAUCACAGACAACAAUCUGGAUGGCACGGAAAAAGCAAUGAAUUCGAUUGUGGUUAGUGGCAGCUCGAGCAAUGUGGGUGGUAAUGGUCUCGGCGCUGUGGGCAGCGGUCUUAGCGGCUCAGGCGGCAGUAGUGGUUCGAGUGGAGCUGUCAGUUCAACACAUGUAGGAUUAGGAGUCGCUAGUGGUAGUGUCAACAAUGUGCCCGGCAGCAAUGCAAUGAUGGGCGUCGGCGGUGGUCUCGGCAGCAGUGGACCGGGUGGUGAUCAUCCAAACGAUAAUUCCAGCAAUGAUAAACUUGUGAAGACCGGCGUACAAACAUCGCCAGAUGGCAAGGUCACAAACAUACCAGCAAGCAUGGUGAACAAUCAGUUUGGCAUGGUGGGACUGCUGACGUUCAUACGGGCAGCAGAUUCAGAUCCGAAUCUUGUUGCGUUAUCGCUGGGAACGGACCUCACGGCCCUCGGCCUGAAUCUGAAUUCACAAGAGAGUUUGCAUCCAACAUUCGCUGGACCGUUCGUAGAUCAGCCCUGCAGAGCACAAGACGUUGAGUUUAACGUGCCACCCGAAUAUCUGAUCAAUUUUGCGAUUAGAGAUAAGCUCACAGCGCCGGUACUGAAAAAGCUGCAAGAAGACCUGCUCUUUUUCCUAUUUUACACGAAUAUCGGUGAUAGAAUGCAAUUAAUGGCAGCUGCUGAAUUGCAUAGUCGCGAAUGGCGGUAUCACGUGGAGGAGAAAAUUUGGAUUACUCGAAUUCCUGGCAUUAAUCAAUAUGAAAAAAAUGGUACAAAAGAGCGUGGCACCUUCUAUUACUUUGAUGCGCAAAGUUGGAAACGUUUGUCUAAAGUUUUCCAAAUAGAUGCCGAGAAAUUAGAUAAAUGUCCCAAUAUAAGUGCGUUUAUGAAUGGACAGUCUGUAUAAUAAUAAUAAAAACGAAAAAAAUUAAAAA